AUGGUAGGUGAUGAGAACAGUGAGUUAAGGAUUAAAUCUGGCAUAGUUAUUUCUGGAUUAUUCCAGCCGCUGUUGCUGGUCAUCAAGGUUUACUGUGUAUUGUGCAUUUUGACUCUGUUCAUCACAGCCUUUUGUAGUGCUCAGGAUGGGAAACUCUGCAACAGGGAAGGGGAAUUGCAUUUUCCUGGAAGGCCUGAUCACUUCUGUCAAAACCACCAAUUGUGUAUAUGGACUCUAUUUGUGCCAGAAGGGAAUUACAUACUGCUUUGUUUCUCCCACUUUGAGGUAGAGCCAGAAACAUCCUGUGACUGUGAUUCUUUAUCAGUCUAUUCAAAAAGAUGACAGACCGGUGGGAAAUUCUGUGGAGGAGAUAUUCCAUUACCUAUUUUAUUUGGCUCCAAUAGCAUAAGGCUGAAAUUUGUUUCUGACAACGAGGAUUAUGGAACUUUUUUUUCCAUUACUUACAAAGCUCUUACACCAGAUAUUCUUCCUGACGCUGGCUGGGAGUCCCUGGCUGUCCUUUUUGAAGAAGGAGUGUUGGAGAGCACUAGAGCAGCCUGGCAGGAUUAUGACUCUCACGAGGUUCCCUCUUUAAUUUUUUUUUAUUUAAAACUUACAUACCAAUCUUUUGAAGUAGAAGAGAGUGAAGAUUGUUCCUGUGAUACCAUGAGUGUGUAUGAAGAUGUGGGAAAAGAGGAGAAAAUUGUCUAGUCUUGUGGAUUUGCCCUACCAGCACCUGUCCUAAGCUCCUCUGCUGUGAUGCUGGCUGUCUUCCACUCUGAUGAAACAGAGACCUUUGGAGGAUUCAGAGCUGCAGUGUCCUUUGUUCAUUUAACAGAUUUAAAUAUUUUGAAUUCAACUAGAGAAGAAGAUUUUGAAAACCUGAAUGUUACUGAAGAAGAAAUAAAGGUUACAACAGAGGAUGUUUGUGGAAUGCCUUCAAAUCAGCCCAGGUUCCUGUUCAGUAGGGUAAGUGGAGGUGAAGGAGCUGUGCCCGGCUGGUGGCCUUGGCAGAUGAGCACACCUUUAGCAGCAAUCCUUGCCCAAGAGUGGCUCGUCCCAGCUGCCCACUGCUUUCACUCCAGGGAAGCAUACAGAGACUGAUGGAUGGUGGUAACAGGACUUCAUGAUCUUGCAGAGCAAGACAGGCACUGUAAAAGCUCAGUCAAGCAGUAUUUUAUACACCCAAGUUUUAAGACUCUGGACUCUGACAUUGCCCUGCUGCAACUGGCUAAGCCCACGGAAUUCAGCCCCUCCGUGCUCCCAGUGUGCCUCCCUGCCGAGGAGGAGAUGCUGCAGCCCUCGGGGAUGUGUGUGCUCACAGGUGGGGGCGUUUUAAUUCAAGACAGGGAAAAGGGGAAAAAACUGCAGGAGCUGGAAGUCCCCAUCCUGGCACCUGACAGAUGUCAGGGCUAUUACACAAUAAUAAUAAUAAUUGUGUAAAAUAAUAAUGCCAGUAAAGUGACCCAGGGGAUGA